AGCAGGAGCCAGGCAACAGCAUUUGUUGCAUUUUUCAAAAUGAAGUGGGAGUGGAGUUAGACUCUGGUAGGGGUUGACUUGCUCUUUAAAUUUUAACUAAGAUGCACUGAAGUGCCAAAUUAUUGACGACACGUGUCUGCAACGCAAUUAGACACUCGUUUAGUUAGUUUAUCAGCAAAAAAAAGUUUAUUUGGGGGUGACUUGCUCUUUAAAUGGUCAGAUUUGGAGUUGCUGAUCUACCUCACAAAUAACAUUCGUAAGGAAAUGCAAAAAGCUUUAAAAGUAUCUGCAGCGUCCACACCCUGUUUUACACUAUUUCCAUCAGUGAUGUAAUAAAUCAUAAACAUGGUUAGUUAACCUAAAGUCUACGAAAAUGAUGACAGCUGCAUUGUGAUUAUCUGUAGGCAUGUGUGUGUACACCAAUCAGUACUAAAGUGUCUUAGUAAUACUUUUAAUUUAAAAGUUAACAUCUAAUGUUUUCUUUCCACAGUAAUUGCAGCUGAUUUUUUAGAUUAAGCGCCUGAUAAUGGAGGAUCACGCCGUUAACCAGACCCAACACAUGACUACCAUCGAGGCCAGCGCUGUGCACGUGACCACCUACACAGAAGCAUCUAUGAUGAGCGCUGAAGAGGACUCGACGUCCUCGCCAGAUGACGACCCGUAUGAUGACACGGACAUCCUCAACUCAGCGGGAACGGAUGAGGUCACCGCUCACCUUGCUGCUGCAGGACCAGUCGGCAUGGCAGCUGCUGCUGCUGUGGCAACCGGUAAAAAAAGAAAAAGACCUCACAUCUUUGAAUCCAACCCCUCAAUCCGCAAGAGGCAGCAGACUCGUCUGCUCAGGAAACUGCGAGCCACGCUGGAUGAGUACACCACCAGAGUGGGCCAACAGGCCAUAGUGUUGUGUGUGUCUCCAUCUAAACCAAACCCUGUGUUUAAGGUGUUUGGUGCUGCUCCUCUGGAGAACGUGGUGAGAAAGUAUAAGGGCAUGCUGUUAGAUGACCUGGAGAACGCCCUGGCUGAGCAUGCUCCUGCAUGUGGAGAGAUGAGCUCGGAGCUGCCCCCCCUUACCAUCGAUGGCAUCCCCGUCUCCGUGGACAAGAUGACCCAGGCUCAGCUGCGAGCGUUCAUCCCGGAGAUGCUGAAGUACUCCACGGGCAGAGGGAAGCCUGGCUGGGGUAAGGAGAGCUGCAAGCCAGUGUGGUGGCCCGAUGACAUCCCCUGGGCCAACGUCCGCAGCGAUGUCCGCACAGAGGAGCAGAAACAGAGAGUAUCUUGGACGCAGGCGCUGCGGACAAUAGUGAAGAACUGCUACAAGCAGCACGGCCGAGAGGAUUUGUUAUAUGCUUUUGAGGACCAGCAAGUAACCGCGGCAACUACGCAGCAUCACCUGACGGCUGCAUCGAGCAUAGCCCACCUUGUGCCCUCUCAGACUGUCGUACAGACCGUGAGCAACCCUGAUGGAACGGUCUCGCUCAUCCAGGUUGGGACGGGACACACGGUCGCCACGCUGGCAGACGCCUCCGAGCUACCGGGUGUGACGGUAGCUCAGGUUAACUACUCAACUGUUACUGAUGGGGAGGUGGAGCAGAACUGGGCCACUCUCCAGGGCGGAGAGAUGACGAUCCAAACGACCCAAGCAUCAGAGGCCACGCAGGCUGUAGCAUCACUGGCUGAAGCUGCAGCCGCUGCUAGUCAGGAGAUGCAGCCUGGAGCCACCGUUACCAUGGCGCUCAACAGCGAGGCAGCAGCCCACGCUGUAGCGACGCUGGCAGAGGCCACUCUUCAAGGAGGGGGGCAGAUUGUCCUGGCAGAGACGGCGGCUGCUGUUGGGGCUCUGGCAGGGGUCCAGGAUGCCACAGGUCUGGUCCAGAUCCCAGUCAGCAUGUACCAGACUGUAGUGACCAGCCUCACCCAGGGCAACCGUCCUGUUCAGGUUGCCAUGGCACCUGUGGCAACACGCAUAGAUAACACUGUCACACUGGAUGGCCAGGCGGUGGAGGUGGUGACCUUGGAGCAGUGACGCUAUGAACCUUGGAAGGAGUAGAAAUCACUGAAGGGCCCGCCGCAGAAAGUAGUUUCUCCUUUUUGUGGAAACAACACAUCAUAAAAAACGUUGCAAAAAUUUUAAAACGUAUACAUCUGCAGGGGGAAGAAAGAUGAUUAAUGCAUCGUGUUUACUAUGUAAAGAUAUUGCAUUUGUUGGUGUAUUAUUUUUGUCUCAUUUAUUUCCGUAUUUUAAACUCUAUGAUGUCGAGUGUUUAGUAUUUAUUUCCUUACUAGUAACCCUUAAAGAUGAACCAAAACACCAAGGGAGGAAAGCCACCACUGCAUCAACUCAAAGAACUGUCCAUGGUUUUUGGUUUUUGGUCCAAUCUGUGUGCUUUUUAGUGUUCAUUUGAAAUCUGGUGCCAUAUUCAGCCCUAAAUCGCCCCCUUUUUACUCGUAUCCCCAAAAGCUAUUCUAAAGGUAUUUUCCAAAUCGCGUGACUGACAUCAACAGCAGCAGUUUUGCUCAUACUUGUUAUCAUUUGAUGAGAAGGCAUUACGUUAAAACAUUGUCUUGACUUGUGCUCUUACUGUAGUCCACACACACACACCAAAAUUUGCAGAAAUUCAUGAUAUACAUCGUAGUGUUUACUGCUGAACAGAUCUCGUUUAUUUCUGGUGCAUGGAUCACAGAGGCACCCGCCUGUACGUUUUUUAAAAGAUCUCUUUUCCUCGGUUAUCUGCAUCACUUUGUGUUGUCUUACUUAAAUAAGAGCUGAGAAAUGUGAGAAGCAAAGACACCUUUCUAAUUUAUUUGAAGACUGAGAUUGUUGGACGUGGUUGUAACUCUGGGUUUUACCCCAUCACCAAAUGUGUGUAUUUGAAAAAUAAAGUCCAGAACAAUGACUGCUGUACCGUUUGAACAGUAACUCUUGGGUUUUAAUAGCUUGGUUAUUACAUGUCCUGAUUUAUUGUUAACAUUAUGUAUGUCAUGUUUUAAGGCAGCUCUAUAAACACCUGAAAUAUUUGA